GUUGGGAAGUUCUUUUCAUUAAUCUUAUUUUCAGUUCUUCGGUGUAGCCCGGUCAAGGUCACGUUGCCAUGGCCAACAACGACGACUUAGAUCCGGCCGUUCGCAGAAAUGCUGUGAUAUUUUUGGUUCUUGGUAUUGCCUUACUGAUUGGCGGUAUCAUUGUGAUGAUAGCUGCUACAUACCUCUUCUACAUCGCCGGGUGUAUGAUUUUAGGCGGACUUAUCGGAACUGCCAUUGGCGGAUAUGUGCUGUAUCAUUACCAAAAAGACAAAAACCGUGUCCGAACAAUCCAACUAAAAGAAGCCACCCAGGGUACUACGACACAACAAAUUGAAUAUGGUCAAACUUACCAACCCCAGUCUACUGGACCACCGCCACCCACAGGGGGCUGGCAAAGCGACCCUUAUCCGCAAAGUAAUCAGCCUGGGCCACCACUUCCGGGACAACCACAACAACCAGCAUACGGACAACCAGCCUAUGGUCAACCACAUCAACCAGCAUACAGACAGCCAUCGUAUGGACAACCACAGCAACCAAUACACGGACAGCCACCACAUGGACAAGCAGAGCCGCCACCAUACGGUCAACAGGGUUACGGUGGUCCACAGGACCAACCAGCAUAUGGUCAGCCACCGCCGCCUUACGGCCAAUUAGGAGCGAACGAACCGUACCGGCCUUACUCCGGCCAACCACCACCGUGAACAUUUUACACCAGUGCAUCUAUGAACAUUUGUUGCGCUAAGUGACGUCAUAAACAUGGAGAUGACGUGACGUCACGGCAAAUGUGCG